UCCGUAUAUUCAACAACUACUUGACCGUGAUAAAUGUAACUGGGAAUACUUGGCCGACAGCCCGCAACAGAGCAACUUUACUACCUUGGCGCUGAAGGACAGAGAAUUUUCUAUUCGCUGCCCGACACAGGAACAACGUUGGAUGAGGCUGUCGCAGCGCUACAAAAGCACUUCAUUCCCAAGUGCAGACAUCCAUGAUGCGGGCUGUCAUCGCACUGCUGAUCUCUCUCCUGUGCCUGGGCUCUGCUCAGGGUGGGAAGCUGCUAGUGAUCCCAUUAGACGGCAGCCCCUGGAGAGGGAUGAAGCUCCUGGUGGAGGAAUUGGGAAGAAGGGGUCACCAGGUGGUGGUCGUGAUCCCAGAGGUCACUCACAGCUUGGGCCCCUCUGAGAACACCACCACCCUGACCUUUCCCGUACCAUACACCCAGGAAAUCUUUGACACAGGCUUAGAUGAAGACACCCUCCAAUUAAUGAACACAGAUGUCUCCACUGCUGUGGCAAAGUUUAGGAACUACAACUACUGGAGCACCCUGGACACGCUGAGUGGUUUUACCAUAAUGACCUGUGAAAGCAUGCUGUACAACAAGGAGCUGAUGCAGACCUUACGGGACUACGAGUUUGAUGCUCUGCUCACCGACCCUUUCUGGCCUGUUGGAGUCAUCAUUGGGAAUUACCUGGACAUUCCGUCCGUCUACAUGAGUGGUCCUUAUCCUUGCCCCCUUGACAUUAUAUCCACCAGAUGUCCUCACCCUGUUUCAUACCUGCCACUACGCUACACACACUACAGCAAUCGCAUGAGCUUGUGGGAGAGGACCGUCAACCUGCUGAGGUCCGUACUGGAGCCUGCGGCCUGCAGUCGUCUUUACGCUCAUGCAGACAAGAUGGCGUCUGAUUUCCUGCAGAAAGACACAUCCAUUGUGGAGCUGGCGAGUAACGCAGCACUGUGGCUCGUUCGGUUUGACUUUACCUAUGAGUUCCCCAUGCCUCUGAUGCCCAACAUGGUCAUGAUUGGUGGGAUGAAAGCAGGAAAGCCAAAACCCCUACCACAGGAGGUGGAGGAGUUUGUGAAUGGAUCUGGUGAACACGGCUUUGUGGUCUUCACUCUGGGCUCAAUGGUGUCCCAGUUACCGGAGGAGAAGGCCCGAGCGUUCUUCGAGGCAUUCCGGCAGAUUCCACAGAGGGUUUUGUGGAGGUACACUGGACCCGUGCCUGAGAACGCCCCAAAGAAUGUCAAACUCAUGAAGUGGUUGCCUCAAAAUGACCUUUUAGGUCACCCGAAGGUGAAGGCUUUCAUCACACAUGGAGGGUCCCAUGGUAUCUAUGAGGGUAUAUAUAGCGGUGUUCCCAUGGUGACGAUCCCACUAUUUAUUGACCAGGGUGACAACGCCCAGCGCAUGGUUGCACGUGGUGUUGCCGAGUCGUUGUCCAUUGCUGACGUGACCACAGCCAAAGUGUUGGAAGCACUCAUCAAAGUCAUUGGUGACAAGAGCUACAAGGCAAAUAUGAUGAAGCUGUCGGCUGUGCACAAGGACCGUCCGAUUGAACCUCUUGACCUGGCCGUCUUCUGGACUGAGUUUGUAAUGAGACACAAAGGAGCGGACCACUUGCGGUCCACUGCCCACGAGCUGAGCUGGGUCCAGUACCACAGCCUUGAUGUGAUCACUUUGCUAACAACCGCCACACUCACUCUUGCUCUUGUCACCAUUAAAUGUUGUAUGUUCUGUUUUAGGAAGUGUACAGGACAGUCAAAACAAAACAAAAAUAAGAGAGAAUAGUUGACAAGUAGUUUUGUUUGUGAGUGAGGGAAUAGCACUUUGGCACAAUAUACACUUAUUUGCAGGGUAAAAGCACUCAAUAUUUGCUCUUGUUGUCCCUCUCUGGUUGAGAAGUGCAAUAACAAACAAACUGAAUGUACACAUUUUGCAACUAGGUAUGAAUAUAACUCCACCUACACUAUCUUUAUUUGGAAAAAUAUAUAUUUGAAAGCGAAACUGUAGGCUUGGGAAAUUCCAAUACUGUUGUUGUUAUAGGGCCUGUCCUUUAGUCGAAGUUGCCAUGUGUGUUGGCAAUGGGUAAAGAGUACUAUAUGUGAGCUGUCUGGUGAGGUGCAUCAUCAGAACACUUUAUUGAGUAAAUGUGCUUUGAUUAAAGAAAACGUCCACAUGAUAUGAUUUGACAAUGAAACCACUGUAACCGGGACAACAGCCUCCUGUGUAAAUCUUGAUAUUAAAUCUGUUUUGUCAUUCCAGUGUUACUAGUUCUCUUUUCUGAUUGAAUGCAUUUCAGGUAAACCAUCGUAAUCUGAAUAUCAAUUAGUGAAUGACACUUUCUACAAAUGUAUAGCCUAUUCUGAAAUGUAC